CCUCACCGGAACAGGAAGAGGAACUAAAGCUGUUCCACAUCAGCACUUCCGCCUCACAACGACACAACGAAAACAUCCCUGAUAUACACAGUGUGUAGAGAUGGAGGCGAAGGCAGGUGACCCUUUCAGCAGUGAGGCUGAGGAGCUUCCUGCAGUACGGAUGAUCAGCAGACUCUUUCCUAAAGGGAUUUCUGGGAAUGUGGCGAAGGAGUGGCUGGACCGUAGACGGAAAUCUAUUAGGCCCUGGGCCGGCUUUGUGGACCAGCGCAAGUUUUCCAAACCAAAGAAUUUCGGUGAACUGUGCCAGCGUGUUGUGCGCAACAUGGACACCUACCACAGCAACUACACUUUCAUUUUCCUGGCACUCAUCCUUUACUGCAUUAUCAGCUCCCCCAUGCUGCUGAUCGCUUUGGCUGUAUUUGCUGGCGCCUUUUACAUCAUCCACCUGAAAUCAUUGGAGACUAAGCUGGUUGUUUUUGGUCGGGAGUUGACUCACGGUCACCAGUUAGGACUGGCUGGAGCAGUGUCGUUACCCGUCUUCUGGCUUGCAGGAGCUGGAACAGCUGUGUUUUGGGUACUGGGAGCUACGAUGGCUGUGAUUGGCACUCACGCUGCCUUCCGUGAACUGGAGCAAUCAGACAUGGAGGAACUCCUGAUGGAGCCUGUAUAACUCAUCGGCUCUUGAGCUCUGCACAUAUUAUUUAUCUGAACAUCUUGCCUUCACAUUGUUACUGCUUUCAAAUACAUUGUGGUGAAUGAACUAAAUAUUUAAUCAAUUACUGUUCUAUGGAUAGACUGUUAUUUGGGAAUUGAUGCGUUUUUCUUUUCUGUUUCGUUUCCGGAUCCGAUUACAGAAAAGCGCAUAGAUGAAACGCGUUUUUAAUGCAGACUGAUGAUGAGUCGCUGACAUUACGCACACUUUCAGCUUCGUUGGUACACAGCGGAUACUCGGCUCCGUCUGUAACAUAUUGAAGAACUGCAUGUGGUGUAUCGUGCUUUAAAAUCAAAAACAGAAGUCAUAACAGGAAAAAACUUCAAAUAGCUUCUUCAUUUAAACUCUGCUUUAUGAAGGAAUUUAAUGGAAAUUAAAUAAGGAGUGGUUUACAUUUUUUGAGGGUCUCUUUAAAAAAAAAAAAAAAAAAAAAAAAGUUGUAUGUACGAAAAAAAUCAAGUUUUUGUGUACAGAGGGGAAAAGCUAUCCAGUGUGCCUGUGGACAUUAUCAUUACGGUGUUGUUUAUUGAUGUAAUCAAAUAGAGUAUGUACAAAAUGCAGUAUCAAAUAGCUUCACAAACGCAUGUUGCCCAAGUGCUUUUAUUGCAAUUCUUUGCAGUAUUUCUAUUGCCUUUUUAUAUUAAAUAAUAUUCUUUUUUUUUUUUUUCAUUUCUUUUCUUGGCUUGUCUUUUAUCGUUGUAUUUUGAUCAAAAGUGCAAUAAAUUCCUUCGCCUGUAACGUUUCGUGUGCAGGGUUUGACAUCACUGCUUAUAAUUUGCCAGGAUGUGCUGAUGGUGAAUAAAAGCCUUUGUAAUCUUCUAGGAUUUCUAUCAAUAAGCUAAGCUUGAGUUACAAGCCUUCUGAAUCCUGGCUUUCAUUUUUCUUUCUUACUCCCUCUUUUCUGUCUCUCCUGCCUGACUCCUUUGACCUGAUUGACCUCCCUGCCCUUUUUCUCCUGCCUGCUGAGAAUCCAAUUUUUUUAGGUUGCCAUAGUGAUGACCUUGGAGAAAAGGCUCCCUCUCUGGCUUUAAAUUAUACUGCGGUUAAAGAAUCCAGCGAUCGAUACUCCAUUACAGUGGUGCAGUAAGCCGGGGGAGGGAGGGGAACACAGCACCGCAGUGCGCUCACACCGACCAGGUACAGGACUCUACAGGACUGUGUGUGCAAGUCACGACAUAGUGCUGAUAUAGAAGUUUCUAGACAAAACCGCAGACAUCAGCAUAUGAACCGAGAAACCCAAUAAACUACUGGCUUAAAAAUACUUGUGAUUAUAUUGUGCUAGAUCUACCAAUACACUAGACUAAGAUGUAAUUUCACAGUCUAAUCUAAAGACUAGAAGUGUUUUUGUUCACCUUCGGAGUGUACACCGCAAAUUGUAGUCGUGUUUUUAUUUUGCCAUUUAAUAAAUAGCAAAUAAUGUUUUGUGCUCAGUGACCCAUUAACACAUACAACUCAUGAGGGAAAUAAAGACACAGAUUGUUCUCGGUUGUAUUAAAUGUUCUAGAUGUUU